AUGGCUGAACAGACGAAAAUCCGAAUCGCCGUCGUGGGCGCUGGCAUCGCCGGUCUCGCUACAGCUAUCGCUCUCAAGGGUCACCCAGGGGUCGAUGUGCAAAUCUACGAGCGAGCGAGCGAGCUCCGAGAAAUUGGAGCUUCUAUUGCACUCGGGCCAAAUGGAAUGAGGACAUUGGAUAGGCUCGGCGUUGAUAAUGCCCUGAGUCCUGACAUUGCUUUCCGAAACAAAUCAAGGUGUCCCAUGAUCUACCGACACUACAAGACCGCCGAGAUAGUCUCAGUCGAUACACAUGUAGGAAAGGUUGACGACGAUCACCUGACGUCGCGCUACUACCGAGCACACCUCCAAAAGGCCCUUCUCGAGCAUGUUAAACCUUCGCAGAUUCAUUUGCAGAAAUCGUUCGAGUCUGUCGAAUUCGAUGAAAGCCGUCAAGAGCUUGCUAUCACCUUUGGAGACGGUACCACUGUAUCUGCCGACAUCAUCCUCGGAGCAGAUGGAAUUCAUUCAAAAGUGAGGACCUUCUUUGUCCCAACUUCCAGAACCGGUUGGACCGGAUGGGUGACUUUCAGAUCCGCCUUUUCGGUUUCUGAGUUGUCCGGAAUCGACGUUCCUGAGGAAGCCGAGCACAUCUGGGGCCCCGACCGAACGCUCUUCAUUUCCAAACUCGGAAAGAAUCUCUUUACAGUCGUUGGGUCACACCAAUCCGAUCCUAACGCCCCAGAUGCCCCAUACAAAGACGCAGUCUGGAACUCCCCCGGGGAUGUGCGCACCUUGCGCGAAUACUACAAAGACUGGCACCCCAGGUACCGUGACAUAGUCAACGCGACGCCCUACACCCACAUCUAUCCAAACGCAGCGGCGCACGCCCUCGACACGUGGGUUUUGGGGAACGGGCGAGUGACGCUCGCAGGGGAUGCGGCGCACGCCCACGGAGGAGCCUUCGCCGCAGGCGGCAGUCUCGCGCUCGAUGAUGCGUGGGCCUUUGCGGCCGCCAUCACGUACGUAUUUCCUCCCGAGGCCGUGAAGGCGCGUUCAGGCCCCGUGGUGGCUGGCAAGGACGUGGCCAGGGCUUUACAGAUCUACGAGAAGACGCGCAAGGGACACACGGACCGGGUUAUGGCGGUGGUCCACGAGAUGAACGAAAAGAAGGUGGCGCGGCUCGGGCAUGUCCAGACAGAUGAGGACUUGAGGGCCCGGAUGAAGAAUCGGUACGACCCAUCAUGGAUACAUGAGCAUGAUGUUCAAGCGGCUUUCGAGCAGGCUCUGUAG